AUGAAGGUUAUUUGCAGUAUUUGUAUUGAAAAUAUUAGUGAUCCAGUAUCUCUUGAAUGUGGACAUGUAUUUGAUAGAGAAUGUAUUGAACUUUGUUUCCGUUCUUCGACUGUUUCUUGUUGUCCUUAUUGUAAAAGUCAUUGUAGAAAAGAUCAAAUACGUCGUCUUUAUCUUAGUACAGACAAUGAAAUAGCAACAACAACAACGCGAGAAUCAAAAGAUACCAGUUCAUUGCUUGAGUUACUCGAAAAAAUCUUACCUGCUUUUGCUGAAGCACAAACCAUGACACAGACUUUAAGUCAAAAAGUAAAACUAUUACAUAGACUCAAUAAAGAUCUUCGACAAAUAAUAAACGAAAAGAAUGAUACAAUCCAUAAAUUAAAUGAAUCAAAGGUUGCAGAUAUCAGCCAACUUAAACAAGAAGUUCGUCAGCAACUAUCUACAAUUGAAGGAGGAAUUCGAUUUACAGAUUCUCCUACUGAGAAGAUAACGAUGGAGUUUGAUUUAAAUGAUCAAUUACUGGCUAUUAUGAAGAGAAGAAACGAGACACAAUCAAAGUAUUUAACGGUAAUAAAUCAGUUUGAAAACAGAUCAAAUACACUAAGACAGUCAUCAGAUCUAUUGCCACAAGGUCAAAAUUUAAAAAAAUUGUUUAAAGCUACAUAUCAUGAAUUAGACGAACAUUAUUUAUCUCUUGAAAGACAGCUUAGUUCUAUCAAGUAUGAUAGAAGUCAUGUAUAUAGCAUGACUUAUAAAUUUAAUAGAUUAGCAGACAUAUUACAACACAAAGCAGCAGAUCAGCAACAUACAGAACAACAUCCAUAUCUAAUAUUUUCUAAUUUAAGAUCUCUUUUUUCUAAUAUAUUAUAA